AUGUUGCAAAGCCUCCCCAGAGAGACAGAAGAAAAGGGAGGAGAAGAGUCGUGGAAGCAGCAGUUUGCUUCUCAGGAAGAAAAGAGGCAGAAGAAUGAGAGGCUCCAUCAACACCAAAAACAUGAGAACCAGAUGAGGGAUCUGCAACUGCAGUGUGACUCAAACAUCAGAGAGCUGCAGCAGCUACAGAAUGAGAAAUGCCACCUGCUGAUUGAACACGAGACCCAAAAACUGAAGGAGCUGGAUGAGGAGCACACCCAGGAGAUAAAGGAGUGGAGAGAGAAGCUCAGACCCAGGAAGAAGGCUUUGGAGGAGGAGUUCACACGGAAGCUCCAGGAGCAGGCCGUCUUCUUCAAGAUGAGCGGCGAAUCCGAAUGCCUUAACCCCACCACCCAGAGUCGAGUAUCCAAAUUUUACCCCAUCCCAAACCUGCACAACUCUAGUUUAUAUCCUCAAAUCAAACUUGGCUGUGCUAACAGACUCUUCCUGUGUGUGCAUCAUUUCUCUGACCGUUACUGAUAAACAUGAACAUGUCUUCACUGCUUCGAUUCCACCUUUAGUGAGCAUGAUGUGCCUACACUCCGUUCCCUCACUUAGUCAACUCUUAUCUGCUCGUUGGGAAAUGUCCAAUGGACAAAUAUGCACUUUUUUGAGCAUGUUCAAAAUGUAUAAGUCUGCAGUAGGUAGCUAUGGCCAAUCAUGCUUAUCAGAAGCAUUGUAAGCACAGCCUGCUACAGUAUGAAUGAUCUUCAGUGCCUCAUAUGUUCUUUUUUGUUUCUGCAUUUAGGGCCCAUCCAUGUGUUUAUUACAGCUUGCGGUAAAUACAGGGCCCCCUGAAUGUUUUGCACUUAAAUACCUGGAUAUCAUUUUCACCUGUAAUCACAAGGUGUUGAGAGAGAGUUUUAUUCAUUUCAUAAGCUGGUGAUUAAGCCAACUAUAAAGUCUGUUUUGCUGCAUGUAAGGUGGAGCUGGUUCUGGGGAGAUGUACUGAUGACUCAGAAGAGGUCUGUAGUCUGUAAGGCGUUGUUAUGGCUGUGUAGUCCUAUGUGCCCAGUGUGUAAUGUCUUCAUGGGAGUCAAAAACAGCAACGUGUUGGGAUCAUAAGGCUGUGAUUUAAAAGCAAGUGGAAUGUACUGUGUUGUGAAUCAUGCGCUGAGUAAAAUGUUACAUGUGCGUAGCUACAUAUGAAGUUCAAUCAGAUACUCUGCUUAACAUGAGGAUUUUAGUCUUUAAAAAAUAUAUCUAUUGCUUUAGUACAUUUCAUUUCAUUGCUGUUCUCCAAAAUACACAUUCCCCUGUUUAGUUAAAGACAGAGGUGGCCUGUUACUUCCUGGAGAAUGAUGAAAAUACUCAUAUAAAUAAAUAAAAGAUCACCUUUUUUGAGAAAUGUUCUCAUGAGUGAAUGCUUUUCUGUGUGAAGUAUGAACACAAACGUAUACUUAAAGAAUGUAAAGCUGUUGAUUUGCACUGUUUUGCCACAUGAGCUAAAAAGAUAUGCAGUAGUAAACUGUCAUGUGUAUUUGACAGUAAGUCACCUUUGUCUCACCCAAGCCUAUUCGAACUCCAAACUGAAUGAAUUGUUUGAACAUCUUUUCUUGCUUCUGAUUU